AUGGAAAAUAACCAAGAACUAACACCUCCAAGUCAUUUCUAAAUUUGGCUAACAUUUAUUGAAAUGAUAGCUGUGUUAGUUUGCCUUGCUAGUAACAUGGUCAAAUUACAUAGUAUGAAAAAUAAAAAUCUGAAGUUUUGGUUUCUGGUGAGUGUGAGUGCAUCAAGUGCCUUCAGGGGUAUGAGUCUCCUUCUAAUAAUGGAAUAGCCAUAAGGCAUAUGGUUAGACUUUCUAUACACAGCACCAAUCCUAUUUUGGAUCCAAUCUUACAUCAUAUUCAUAGGACAUCUAGCCAUUUGCAUGAGUGUUCUUGCUAACAAGGAUACUAAUAUCAUCCAGUACUCCAUAUACUAUAGCCCUGUGUGUUUAGUCUUAUCUUAUGUUUACUUCUUAAUCAAGGAUGGAUUCUUGGAAAGAGUAUUAAUUCUUUAAUUUUUACUCUAUGCCGCACUUAUUUUUGGAUGUUUAUACUUUAGCAAUAAGUUAUUUUCUGAUCUAGAAGAUGAUGAUUGGAUAAUCCCUUUCCUUUCUUAAGUCAACAAAUUGAUCUAAACAAUAUCAAUAAGUUUGGCACUCAGAUUGCUUAUAUUUUUACUAAUCUUUGCCAAUUAUGUUUAAUUGAACAUAGAUUUAAUUCUUAUAGAAGUAUUUAUGGGUGAACUAGUUCCAUAUUAUGCUUUGACAUUUUUUAAAAUACCUCCUCCUAAACAUGACAAUGAUUCCAGAGCAGGAACUCAGAUGGAAUUAUAAAACUUAGAAGGUCCACUGAUGAAAUGAAAUACAUUAUAAUUUAUAGUUAGUUUAACAAUAUUCACCUUC